CCAAGGAUCUUAUCCAAAUGGGCCUCUUGUUGGUACAAACCUAUUAACAAUUCCGAAACAAAGAUCAUCUUCAGUGACCUCAGCAAACAAUACAGGUUCUAGACGAGCCGGAAUUUCUCAGAGUUUAAAUCCUGGCAUUUCACCCAGUAAUGGAUUUCUCUCCAGUGGGUAUCAUCAACCACCUGCAGAAUUUCCUGAUACCGCUGAUUUCUUUACUAAACCUAGUAUUAAUGUACAUAAAUCUCUGGGAAGCCCAUUUAAUUUUUCAGAUUGUCAACAACAAUUUAGAACAUCUUCAUGUUAUACCUGUAAUAGUUGCAGACGGCAAGUAUUCAACUCUGUUGCAAACUCAUUAUUUGAAUCUGUAGCAGAAUGUCAAAGUCAAAAAUCAGGUGAAGAUGGAAACAGUGAGGUUUUAAAAGACCCCAACCAUGUUGCAGAGAAACUGCACAGUGAAUUGGGAGAAACAAAAAAUCCUUCUUGUCAAAUGGAUCAAACUAAGAAUUUUCAGUUUGAUAUUGAGGAGAAUUCUUUAGAAAAGAUGUUAAUAGAGAACCAUAAUUCAUUAAUGGAAGAAAUGAACAGCUGGAAUUUUCAAAUAUUUGAUCUUGUUCAAAAUAUGGGCGAUAAAUCUAGAAGAAUCCUUAGUCAGGUUGCAUUUGCAUUGUUUCAAGACACUGGUUUAUUUGAAAUUUUCAAAAUUCCAGUUCAGCCUUUCAUGAACUACUUUCAAGCACUAGAAAAUGGCUAUCGAGACAUUCCCUAUCACAAUCGAAUACAUGCAACAGAUGUUCUUCAUGCUGUGUGGUAUCUUACAACGAGACCAAUUCCCGGAUUUCAGCAAAUAGACAGUGACUCCGGGAGAAGAACUGCCAGGGAAAGUGAUAUUUCAGGGGGCCAUGUUGCCUAUGUUUCAUCCAAAAGCUGUCCUGUUGUAGAUGAAAACUAUGGAUAUUUAGCAUCAAAUAUUCCAGCCUUAGAAUUAAUGGCUUUAUAUGUAGCAGCAGCUAUGCAUGAUUUUGAUCAUCCUGGUCGGACAAAUGCUUUUCUGGUAGCAACAAAUGCACCACAGGCUGUGUUGUACAAUGAUAGAUCGGUUCUAGAAAAUCAUCACGCAGCCUCUGCAUGGAGCCUCUUCUUAUCACUACCGGAAUACAAUUUUCUGUCUAAUCUUGACCAUGUACAGUUCAAACGAUUUCGAUUCUUAGUGAUUGAAGCAAUACUUGCGACAGAUCUCAAGAAACAUUUUGAUUUUCUUGCUGAAUUUAAUGCCAAGGUAAACAUGAAUGGACAUGGUAUUGAAUGGAGCAAUGAGAGCGAUCGACUGUUAAUAUGUCAGAUAUGCAUCAAGCUUGCAGAUAUCAAUGGUCCAGCCAAAGUUAGAGAUCUCCACCUGAAAUGGACAGAGGGAAUUAUUAAUGAAUUUUAUGAACAGGGAGAUGAAGAAGCAAACCUGGGGCUACCUAUUAGUCCUUUUAUGAACCGACAUUCUCCUCAACUUGCCAAAUUACAAGAAUCUUUUAUUGCUGACAUUGUUGGUCCUCUUUGCAAUUCUUACGAUGCAGCCAACUUGCUUCCAGGCAGGUGGAUUGAAAAAGAUGAGCGGGAAAGCUCUGAAGAUUGUGAUGCAGAAGAGGAUAGCGAAGAGGAAAUGGAAGAUUUAGGAACAAAAUUACAAAGAAGAAACGGACAGCAAAUAUUUAGUCAGCUAACAUACCAUUUGAAUGAAAACCAUAAAAUGUGGAAGAAAAUAAUUGAAGAAGAGGAACUAAAUAAACCAGAAGAAAAUGAACAUUCAGAAAAUACCUCCUUAUGUCAAACAGAUGAGAUUCAGGUCAUUGAGGAAGCAGACGAAGAAGACGAACGACAUUAAGAACAAGGGAAAAAAAACACUUUAGAAAGACUUUGUAACAGUGUUCUAGACUGCUGCAAGAAUAUACUUUUGCCCAUAAUGCUGGCUGUAAACUGAUAGACCUGAAGAAGUAUGAAAAAUAGUAUACUGAAUCAGAGGUGGGUUCGGCCAAGUAGGUAGUAACUUCGCCGGCUAUGCCCCCAAACUGGUUCUGUCUUGUUUUUUGCUUCUGCACAUGCACAGGGGCAUUUUUUAACCUACUGCGCAUGCGGUACAUCAAGCGAACCAGCAGUAGAAGAAACCAGAACCCACCCCUGUACUGAAUAAUGUGAAAGGAUACUUAUUUCUUCAGCAUUAUCACACUUCUAUGCACUUUUGAUACAUGGAAAUUUUAAAAAAAACUUCAUAGCCUUACUGAACACAGUACUGCAUUCCAUGAUGAGAAGAUUUUAUGUGCAGCUUGGACUUCAUGUAUCUUGUUUUGCUGCCUUCCUAAAAGUAACUUUUUAAUAUCAAAAGGGAAUUAACAGUUUGGAGAACAAUUAAACCUGAAAUACCCAAGUUAUAAGGACAUUGUGUUUUGCAGAUGCUCCUGAGACAAAGGCCUAUAAUAUUUUAGAAUUUUGUUUUUAAUGCAAACCUUAAAAUCACUGUGCCUGUCAAUAAGCAGUUCCCAUAAAUUUAAUUUGCAAGAGUUUGA